AUGGCUAGAGGCAGUAUCCCCAGCUUUAGUGGCACUCCUUCCGCAGCAGCACCAACACCAUCAACGGCUACCACUACAACAGACCCACACCAUCAUCAUCAUCACCACCACCACCACCACGCUCUAGUCUCUCGAGGACUCAUCUCCUACUCGAAAUCUCCUUCGAAUUCCAAAUCACGCAAACAACCGAAAGCGCCCCCGGCUGAGCGCAGAGCCCUUGGUCUUCCUCCACCAACCUUGAACAUGGCGUCUUCGUCUUCUUCCACGCCGCUGCUCUACGCAUGCAUAGCUCACAACACAACCGUCUUGACAGAACACACCGCCUCGGCCUCCUCCAAUGCCUCCUCCCUCGUCUCUCUCGUCCUCCCACGCAUCGCCCACGACAAAUCCGCCCACAAAACCAUCGAUCAAUCCAAGUUCUUCAUUCAUUGCCUCGUCAAGUCGCCUUCAGACUUCCCCAACAACCAGUCCACGGCCGGCGGCCUCACCUUCCUCGUUAUCGCUGAACGCGACCUCGGCCAGCGCAUACCCUUUGGCUUCCUAACGAACCUCGAGAAGAAGUUCUUUGCUGAAUUUGAGCCUGGAAGCACAAACUUCCAUGACUUGCCGCCGUAUGGGUGUGCGAGUUUCAACGGCGCUUUGAAGAGGAUGAUGGUAGAGCAGGGUGCUACUCAGGCUGGACAACAGGAUGCGCUCAGGACGGCGCAGCGCGAGAUUGAGGGCGUAAGGGAAAUCAUGACAGAGAACAUCGAACGUGUGCUGGAGAGGGGCGAGCAUAUGAGUGUCCUGGUUGAUAAGACUGGCAGACUGGGUGAGAAUGCGAGGGACUUCAGGGUCAGGUCACGGACGCUAAAGAGGAGGAUGUGGUGGAAGAAUGUCAAAUUGAUGGUACUGCUAACGCUGGUUGUCAUCUUUUUGAUCUACCUAUUUGUCGGCUUCGGCUGUGGUCUUCCUGGUUGGGGGCGAUGCCUUGGUCACUAA